AUUCUGCCUGAAAAGUAUGGCUCAACAAUCUCUAAAAAGUCAACCAAUCGAAAUCGUCAAAAUCGACGACAACAAGACAUCACUGAAUACUGAUGCAAAAGACAGUUAUAUUGUUGAUCAAAUCACAAUACCUUCACAAGAACUCUUAUCAUUAGAUGUGGAUAUGGAUUAUAUAUUACAUUAUAAAGAUAUUCAAACAAUUUUUGAAAUAUUCUUUCGAACUAAUUCAUUUUGUCAGGCACGUUGUUUGACUAGAAUUGUACUCGGAUCAAAUGCAAUCAACACUAAUGAAUCAGCCAUGUUACAGUGGAAUGAUUUAAUUACAGAAGUGAAUAAAUUAAAAGCCUGUAAUUCACUUAAUUCAACAAGGAAGAUAACUUAUUGGCAUGAGAUUGACAAAUUUUCAUGA